AUGUCGCGGUCUGGUCAGGCGAUAUCGCUUUCCGCAUUGACACCUCUGACGACCAGCUCGCCCAGUCCGCGCUCCGCCAAAACUUCGUAUGACACGAUGAACGGGACAUCCUCCUCACGCGCGGCGCCAUCGAGUGCGCCAGAAAAUGUCGCCAACACCAUCACACCCGUGAACACACCGCCUGAGACAAGGAAAUCCGUAUUUCCAGCAGACGGCGUAAUGGCGAAGCGCAUACUAUACGAUCCCUACUCCGACGCAAAACUCGAGAAAAAGGUCAGGCACAGCAAGCCGGCACAAUACAAAACGGUCUUGGAUAAGGGCGACCCAUCUCCUCCACCAGACCCACGGCUGGCUCUUGCUGGAUAUACCAGCGGAAGCUACAUUUUGAAACCUACCGCCAAGUCGAAGCUACGAAUAGCGCCUUAUAUCGCUAAGCCAUAUGCAUUCGAUAACCGCAUUUCCUGCGGUCCCGGACCUGCCACUCAGGUGGUAGUAACUGGAUUCGACCCUCUGACACCAGACUCGCAACUGCGAGGAUUUUUCUCCACUUACGGCGACGUCGAGAGCCUACGUGCGGAGGUCCAUCCUGAUAACGGUAGCCCUCUUGGAAUCUGUUUGAUUAAGUUUCGCGACACUCCGCAGGCUCGGGGUAGCGUUGCGAUCAAAGCAUCUACGUCGGCGAAGCGGGCAGAAAGAGAAGGUUCGAACCAGCGCUUGGGACAACAGGUCAUCAAGGUUCACACCGAUCGCGAGGGCCGAAGAUGCGCUAAGCUCGUAGAAUUGGUAGUGCAAAAGAGUCGCAAACAGGAAGAAAAUAUACGGGCAAAAGCCGCUGCAAAAGCGGCGAAGGCUUCAGCUCUUGCAACACCAGCGACGUUUGAUUUGCCGGCAAAUGUGCCCAAGGGACCUUCGGGGCGGGGCGCACGGCCACCUAUACCUGUUCCACGAGAACCGCUGAACAAGAAGGCUGCGCUAUCACACCUCAUCGAAAAGGAUCCGAUCAAACCUAAGCUCAAGCGCGCACCUUACCUGUUCAUUGCACACCAAUACGUACCCGUCCUCUCCACAACAAUCGACCAUCUCAAGAGGCGUCUAAAGAACUUUCGGUGGGAUGCUCUACGUUGCGACCAGACCGGCUACUAUGUGGUUUUUGCCUCUACCAAGCAUGGCGAAGACGAGGCUGUCAGGUGUUUCCGCGAAUGCCAUAUGAAGCCACUGUUUACCUAUGUAAUGAACAUGGAAUGCCAGCAGUAUGGUGACCCGGAUUACGAGCGUAGCCCCAGUCCGGAGCGUGUUAUGGCGGACAAGAAACGGAAAGCCAUUGAAGACCGCAUGGACCAGGAAGAGAGUGCUGAUCUGGAACUCGAGAAGACGCAGAGAGCAGAAGCUAUGGAUCCAGUGGUGGCAGCCCUAGAGCAGCUGAAGCAGGAGCUGCAAGAAAAGAUUCUUGGGGAUAUCAAAACUCGCAUCGCUGCUCCGACUUUGCUAGAGUUGAUGCAACCGGAGCGACAUGUUGAGAAGCGCCGAAGGUUGAAUAUCGCGGAGCCCCGAAAGAAGGAGGAGGACAUUCGACCGCCAUCGCUUCUUGUUCCAGGAUUGGAUCCCUUCGGUGCCGGGACGCCCAAAUCUCGUGCUGCAGGCUUCUCUGGGCGUGGUCGAAAGGCUCUUGGUCCAUACGACCGGAACCGCCCUGGCAAGAAACCUCCACGGAUUGUCAAUGCUUUUGCCGAUGAGCGACGAAAGGCAUCUGCGCCUAAGCCCCGUGUGGCUCGUGGCCUGCAUCGACAGAUGAUUGAGAUGUUUGAGGGCCCUGAAGAGUCAGAUGACGAAAGCCGGAGCAACCUCACGCGUGGCACAGAGGAGCAGGAGAGCCGUCCGAUCAGUCGUGCACCGUCAACAGACGUCGAAGAGGAGGAGGAGGAAUCGUCUCGAGCACACCGUGCUAAGCGGCGCCGCAUUGAAGCUGGAUGGGGUGAAGACAGCGACGACGAGAUGAUGGACGACUCCCACGCGAGGAGCCUGCUUGCUCACUGCAUCCACAAGGAUCCAGAGAACAUGGCUGAGAAAGAGCUGGAACAGGUGCUUGCUAUUUUGCCACGUUCUUCGCCAAUUUGGAAGAAGGCAGACAAAGCUCUCAAAGGCUUCAGGCGGCUGCGCAAGAUUGAACAAGAGGCGGACGCAAUCUUUGGUGUGGAAACAAGCCCGGUUGACAAACUUGAUCCAGAAGUCAUUGUCACCCAGGACGAUGAACCAUCCAAACCAAUUGAGACCACCGAGCUUCCAGAGACACUCAAGUCGCUCAAGAAGAAGCAGGCUGCUGCGAAGCCGAAGAAGAAGACGAAGAAGCAGCUGGAGGAAGAGGCCAAGAGCGCCAAGGCUGAGGUCACAGAAAUCUCUCUUCCAGAGGAGGAUAUUGCUGAAGUCAAGGAACACGCGCUGGUACCUGAGGUGUCUGUCACGGAAGAUACUCCUGAAGAGGACGAUACUGGUUCUGUAAUGUGGGGCGUAUCAUCGACCGAGCCGCGCAAGACUGUGGAAGACGACUUCAGUGUUGUAAUGGACAUUGAUGGUUGGCAACACAUGCUGAAGGAUGAAGAGGAUUUGCUACACCUCAAAGCAGCACUACAGUCAAUCGAGGCAGCCAAGAUCGGAGAUGCGCAAUCCUGGGCUUGGAAGCAGAAGUCUAUCAAGCACCUCAACCGCCCAGGCGGCGAGGAGGGCGUCUCCCGCACGGAAACCAAGAUCGAAGGAUACUAUGUUCCAAAUCCCACAGGCUCGGCUCGAACAGAGGGUGUCAAGAAGAUCCGCGAGUCGGAGAAGUCCAAAUACCUGCCCCAUCGUAUCCGUGUGCAGAGGGAGCGCGAAGAGCGUCAACGCCAGGCCAAGAAGGCGGAGCAUGCUGUUAUCUCCGUUGAAGGCUUCAAGUUCACGACCAGCUCACAGAAGGCGUCGACUGCCAACUCUCGUGCAAAUCGUGCUAACAAUCGCCGCAUGGUGAACGACAUCAACAUUUCCAAGAAUAUGACCGGCGCAGAAGGUGAUGCCUUGCGCUUCAACCAGUUGAAGAAGCGAAAGAAGCUGGUCAAGUUCGAUCGCUCCGCCAUCCACAACUGGGGUUUGUACGCACAGGAGAAUAUUGUGGCCAACGAUAUGAUCAUUGAGUAUGUCGGUGAGAAGGUUCGACAACGUGUGGCCGAUUUGCGAGAAGUUCGAUAUGAUCAACAGGGUGUGGGAUCGAGUUACCUAUUCCGCAUUGAUGAGGAUACUGUCAUCGACGCAACCAAGAUGGGUGGCAUUGCUCGCUUCAUCAAUCACAGCUGUACGCCAAACUGCACAGCCAAGAUCAUCCGUGUCGACAACACAAAGCGUAUCGUCAUCUACGCUUUGCGUGACAUUGGGCAAGAUGAGGAACUCACCUACGACUACAAAUUCGAGCGUGAAAUGGACGCCACAGACCGCAUUCCUUGUCUCUGCGGAUCCGUCGGCUGCAAGGGCUUCCUCAACUAA